CGGCUGACCCGGCUCUGACCAGGCUUCAGCCUGCUGGCAACGUCGGGGAUGAGACGAUUAAGGAAGACACGUGAGGACACAUAAGCACCCGGAGAUGAGAACAGGGUGGGGAGACGGUGCGUCGAGGCGGUGUUUCCGAGAACCACCGCCAGGUUUGUGAAAUGGCUGCGGACAUUUCCGAAUCCAGUGGGGCCGAGUGCAGAGGAGACCCGAAGAACAGUGCCAAGUUAGACGCGGAUUACCCACUCCGCGUCCUCUACUGUGGAGUCUGUUCAUUACCAACAGAGUACUGUGAAUACAUGCCCGAUGUUGCUAAAUGUAGACAAUGGUUAGAGAAGAAUUUUCCAAACGAGUUUGCAAAACUCACUGUAGAAAAUUCACCCAAACAAGAAGCUGGAAUUAGCGAGGGCCAGGGAACAGCAGGGGAAGAAGAGGAGAAGAAGAAACAAAAGAGAGGUGGAAGAGGUCAAAUAAAACAAAAAAAGAAGACCGUACCGCAGAAGGUUACUAUAGCCAAAAUUCCCAGAGCAAAGAAGAAAUACGUAACCAGAGUGUGUGGCCUUGCAACUUUCGAAAUUGAUCUUAAAGAAGCACAAAGAUUUUUCGCUCAGAAAUUCUCCUGUGGUGCCUCAGUAACGGGGGAGGAUGAGAUCAUCAUUCAGGGAGACUUCACAGAUGACAUCAUCGACGUCAUUCAGGAGAAGUGGCCAGAGGUGGAUGAUGACAGCAUCGAGGAUCUCGGAGAAGUGAAGAAGUGAUUUUGGAAACUUGUCUGUAUUUAAUGAUCUGAACUGAGAGUUGAUAUGGCCAGAGGAGAGAGGCCUUUUAAAAAUAUAUAUAUUUAUGCUACAGUAAAACUGUAGACCGCCCUCGUCCUUGGCAGUCACUGUUCUGUAUAAGGCUGCUUGUUUUUUUAUUGCCAAAGUUUAAUGAACAGGGGAGACUAUCAUGCUUAUGCAUGAAAUAGAACUUAGUCAAAUAAACGUUGGUCAUUUGGUACUGAC